CGACGACGGUGGGGGGCGGCGCUGGGAAGUUUGGUGGGGUACUGGGGAGGUAGAUCGGAAGGGUUCGCCCGCGUGUCCAGGCACAAACUCAGCCCCUCUCGCCACCUGCUACUGAAUGCUGAGACUGACACUCUCAGCCAGGGAGGCUUCCGACGUCAUGGAGGAAGCACCUGUCCGCAUCAAACAUCUAGCUGAUAUGGCCAACUAUGACAUUGACUACUCCAGACCAGCCAGGACGUACUUCCGUUCCGGCGUGGAGAUGGUGCGGAUGGCCAACGUGUAUGCCGAGGAAGGCAACCUCGAGGGCGCCUACGUGCUCUAUAUGAAGUUCAUGACGAUUUUCCUGGAGAAGAUCCGGCGGCACCCGGAGUACCACCAGGUGUCGCCGGGCGAGCGGGCCGCCAUCAAGCGCCACCUGGAGGCGACGCUGCCGCGCGCCGAGUCCAUCAAGGGCCAGCUGAUGCAGAAGUUCGAGAACGAGCACAAGGCCUGGCUCGCCGAACAGCGGAUGUUAGAGGAGGAGCUGGCGCAGCGGCGGCAGGAUGAGGCCCUCCGGCAGUCACAGCAGCAGCACGAGCAGCAGAAGCGCCGCAGGUUCGAGGAGGAGAAGCAGCGGCUGCUGCAGCUGGAGCGACGCCGCGCGGAGGAGGUGGAGCGGUCGCUGCAAAAGCAGCCGGCCGCCGACGCCCUGCCCUGUGAGCCGGCCCCUACAAAUAUUUGGAUUUUCCUGGAGAAGAUCCCGCAGCACCCGGAGUACCGCCAGGUGUCGCCGGGCUGA